GCGUUCUCAAGCGCCCGCCGCUUGUUCGCCAGCGCUCCGACCACCAGUCGAGGUGCACGCGCGUCCGAGGACCAGGCUCAGAGGACCGCUGCGCGGCUGCCCAGAGAAAGUGCCGGCCGGGGGGGGCCCGCGAGCGGCAGCUCUUCUGCCAGGGCGGCCCCCCCGGCCUUCCUAGAAGAGAAGGAACUGCUAUGAUCGGCGUCGUGCUGCGCGGUCCUCGACGCCCGACGUCUGCGGGCCGGCGAGGCCCUGCCCCCUCAGUGGAGGAACAGAAGGCUGCGUAAAACAGAAACUUUCAGAGGUCCGCGUGGAUGUCCUGGAUCUGUUGGAGGCCUGAAAAUUGGCACCAACACCAAUACAAGUUUUCAACAUGUCGCAACAUAUCUGACCCCAAUACUGCCACCAUCGUCGAGACCGGGAUCGUUUUCCCACGGUGCCGGCAGACCACAGAUAUUGGUGCUGGAGGAGGAGGAGGAGGAGGGAGGAGGGAGGAGGAGGAGGAGGAGGAGGAGGAGGAGGGGGAGGAGGAUCCCAAGGAAUCCUGGCGGAGCUCCGCACGCUUCGAGGCUCGCGUGUGCUCUGCCUGGCUCGCUCCUCGUCGGCCUCAGGCCAGCAGCUGCGGCGUCCCGAGCUGCUGCGGCGGGGGCGACCACUCCGCGGCGCACCCCGAGCUCGGGGUCAGCGGGGCCUCGUCGGGCCGCACGGCGGCGGACGACUUCGACCCCGCGGGCGAGCGCGGCGCGCCCGCGGCGCCCGCCGCCCGCGCGGCGUCGCUGGCGUGCCAGGCGGCCAGCAGCCCCAGGAGGCGGACAUGUUGAGGCUCGUGAAGAAGACGGCCAACACGUGGUAGGCCACCAGCACCCCGGUGCUGCCUGCGUGGUCGACAAGCUUGUGGUACUGGGAGGAGGUGAGCGACAAUAUCCACAGUAUGGUGGCUGGCACUCGACCCACCGCGAAUGCGAGGUACGUCAAAAACCAGUGCAACUGCACGGCCCCCGGCCUCAGAAGCCAAGCCGGAGGGGGGUCCGUUGCCACAGCUAUCUCCCGCCUUAGCAUGAACACCACGGGCAUCUCGAAGAUCAGGCCCUGCACCAUGACUCCCCCCAGCAGCCCAGUGGCGAGCGAGAAAAUGUAGGCGAACAGCGUGACGGUGUGGUGGAUCCAUUCAUAUACAUAACGAGCAUGACUGUGUUUGGUGUGCAGCACAGGUUCAAUGGGAACAGGGCCAUCCCGUCGCCGCCUUCCUGCGUCAGACCCUGGCCGAGAAAAUUACGGGUCUCGCAGUCCUCCCAAAUGUUGAUUGCCCAGUGGGCCACGGCCAUGCAGAACAGGACCUGGUGAGCGGGGCCGUAGUUCACCAGGAGCUCAAACAUAUGGUCCGCUGCAGCAAAGCUGGGGGCCAAAAGGACCACACCUGCCAACGCGGCGGCGACGCAGUAAACUUGCAUUCGUCGCAAUUUCCUCAGAUAGAAAGACCUGUCGUCGAGAGGCUCUUCUGCGGACGUGGAGCCAGCAACCCAGCCCAAGUCCUUUACACUUCCGAGUCUCUUUGCCGUCGACAGGGCGCCCUGGUAUAGGCGUGCAGGGCCUCCAACAAGGAGGAACCAUAGAAGAGCCCAAACGAGGCAGAGGAACACCAGAGACGGGCCCGUGAACAACCAACCAUACUCGGCCGAUGGCUGCGUGAUGCUCACCAUCUGAAAUGGGCGCUCGAGCCAA